GCGGCCAGUGCGAGCCCGCGCGUGAUCGACGCUCCGCGACAACGACGUCUCGGCAAUCUUUACUAAACAGACGAACCGGUUGGAUCACUUCUCUUACUUAAUCCUUACAUAAACUGGUGCCAAAAAUAUUUAGUUUCUCUAAAAUAUGACCUAAAUAUAUCCUAAAGUGUACGUGUUUAGACAUCAGUGUCGGUGAAGGGACAUUUAGGUCCAGCGGCUGUGUAAGUUGUACGCUCGCUCAGUUUACGGUAUAAUUUAAACUUUCGAAACUUAGUAUUUUUCCGUUGCAACGAAAAUGGAUUUGCAAUAUGAAGAAAAUGGUACGCCGUUCGUGAUGUGGGGAGAUAGUAAGAUCCAACUGGAGAAUUGGCCGAUCAUGGAAAAGUUUUACACAGAAAAGGCAGAGACCGAAUUACGAGAGACUCCCGAAGUAGUUGCGAAAGCUUUACGAGAAUUAAGAGAACUAUUAAAAGGUGAAAAAAACCUUAACAUUCCUAUUGACAAUGAUGACUUUCUGAUGAAAUUCCUCAGACCCUGCAAAUUUUAUGCAGAUAGUGCUCUAAAGAAGAUACAAGCUUUCUACAAAUUCCGCCACGCGCAUGAAACCUACUGCCAUGACCUGAUGCCGUCGGUGGUGCGAGCCGCCUUCGACCACUCCAUCAUAUCCAUCCUGGCGCCGCGCGACCAGCAUGGUCGGCGUAUCAUGUUCGUCGAGUCCGGCAAGGGCUGGGACCCUCGCGCGGUGCCUCUAUCCGAAGUAUUCCGCGGCGUGCAGUUGGGCCUGGAGGCGGCCAUGACGGAGCCUCGCACGCAGGUCUCCGGUGUCAUCGUCAUCAUGGACAUGCAGGGGCUGGCCCUUAGCCACGUGCUGCAGUUCACGCCCUCCUUUGCCAAGAUGGUCGUCGAGUGGGUGCAGGAAUGCACCCCGAUCCGGCUUAAAGCGGUACACAUCGUGUAUCAGCCGUACGUGUUCAACAUGGUGUUCGCGCUGUUCAAGCCAUUCCUGCGCGAGAAGCUGCGCUCGCGCAUAUACUUCCAUGGCAACAACAUGAACUCGCUCAAGGCACACGUGGACGGCAAAGCGCUGCGUCCGCGCCACGGCGGUUCGUUGCCCGAGUUGGAGGUUACUGGAGAACUGCUGUGGAAAAUGCUAUCACAUUACGAGGACGGUUUUAAAGCGGCUAAUUCCUACGGUUACGUAAAGAACAAUGAAAAUCACAAAUAA